GGAGGGCGCGGCGGGCUCGCGGGGCCUGCAACCCGGACGGCGGGAGCCGGGGAAGCGGGGAGGAGGAGGCUGUGUGAAGGUGCCCUCCAGACGUGGUCCUGAUGACCGAACUACAGCAAGAUGUGGACGACACCAAGUCUGCCAAAGUGCUCGGGAAGAGGGAGAGCAAAGUUGGCUCAGCCCACUCAGAGGCUGAGAAUGGUGUGGAGGAGAAGAAGAAGGUAUGCAGGUCGCCAGCAGCGCUGUCUCCCACCCUGUCCAGCGAGGCCGAGUCCCAGGACCAGAAGAGAACCAUUUCCAUGCGGUCAAAAUCCAGUUUCGAUGGUGCCCCUUUAGCAAAUGAGAAAAGCGACUAUAAAACGGAAAGCAAGAAUGACUCUAAGAUUGAAAGGAAAAAGUCCUCAUCUUCAAGCCAGGACAAAGCAAACAUGCAUUUCCACAAACUCUUUCUAGACGUCCCCACGGAGGAACCCCUGAGGCAAAGUUUUACGUGUGCUCUACAGAAAGAAAUAUUAUACCAAGGGAAGCUCUUUGUAUCGGAAAACUGGAUUUGUUUUCAUUCCAAGGUCUUUGGAAAAGACACUAAGAUCUCGAUUCCAGCUUUCUCAGUAACCUUGAUAAAGAAAACCAAAACUGCCCUCCUGGUGCCAAAUGCCCUGAUUAUAGCGACAGUCACAGACAGGUACAUAUUUGUCUCCUUACUCUCCAGAGAUUCAACUUACAAACUACUGAAAUCUGUGUGUGGACACUUAGAAAAUACAGGUAUUGGCAAUGGUCCCAGUCCAUCUUCUCUUGAAAACAGUUUCCGGGCAGACCGCCCUUCAUCUCUGCCUCUGGAUUUCAAUGAUGAAUUCUCAGAUCUGGAUGGAGUGGUGCAGCAAAGACGGCAAGACAUGGAAGGAUACAGUAGUUCUGGAUCUCAGACCCCUGAAUCUGAGAACUCUCGAGAUUUCCAUGUGACAGAAUCCCAGACAGUUCUGAAUGUCUCCAAGGGAGAAACGAAACCAACUCGGGCAGAUCCCCUCAUGAACAGAGUACCUGAGGGAAAAGCCAAGAGUCUCCCUGGGCAUGCAGGUCAGUCAGAAACCAUUGGACUCAUACCCAGAGUAAAGUCUGAGAAAUGGCCAACUCUCCACCAUAUUCUUAUAUUCUAUGCAAUUGUUGUCUGUGCACUGAUCAUCUCGACCUUCUACAUGAGAUACAGAAUUAAUACUCUGGAGGAGCAGCUGGGGUCACUAACCUCCAGUGUGGACACCCAUCAGACUGAACAGACAGCACCAUCUGGCCUGGGGUCACAAGUACAGUUAAAUGUGGAGGCCUUGUGCCAAGAGCUUACAGCUAACAUAAUCAGAUUAGAAAAGAUACAAAGCAACUUACAAAAGCUGCUUGAGAAUGGUGACUGAAGCUCAAGCCAUGCAAUACCUCGCACUUCCCUUGAAGAAGGUGCUCCCGGGGUGUUCUGGUGGAGUGCUCCCUGCUGGCCAGAGGAGCUAGCGGACGGGCAGCCUCGCUUGCCCUUGGAGGUCUCAGGCUCAGGAAAGGGGGGAAUGGGGAAUAGUUCUGGUUCCUGUGCAAUUAAAAGUUGACCUUGACUCUCUGAGGAAGUUUUCAGUUCUGCUGCCUGAAGCAAACCGUCUCUGGAGGUCUCGGGAAGGGCCCGGCGGACACGUGGAUGAUUGUGGUUCAGCAGGUUAUUGUGACUGUGUCAGCAAACAUAUUCCACUCCAGCCUUUUCAGUCCUACCCAUCUGCCUUUUCUCUCCUGUAUCCACCCCCGCCUUAACCAGCCUUCAACGGAAGGGAUAUAUCAUGUGCCAACAAACUCGAUACAGUCCCUUAAAGAAUUU